AAGUUUGAUGCAUAUUCAAUGUUUACUACAAAGUUUUGUCGUUUAUCUUUGAUCACAUUGAAGAUGUCCUAAAAUUUCGAUAACAUCUGCACUGGAAAUGAAUAUGAUCGUCUCUGUAAGAGUUUCUAGAGGCUUUUAGCCAAAUAUUUUGAGAAACUAUUGUACCCUUCCGACCUUGACCUUCCCGUCGCUAUGAGUUCUACAGUACGCGAUGAAGAUUACAUCAAAUUUCUUCAAGAUCAAGUGAGGAGACUAAAUGCUGUUCUUGAGGAAUAUCAAAAGAAAUAUCUUCCUGUUAAAGAACCAGAUGUCAAGGGGAAAGAGCCUCUUCCUCCAUGGAUCACAAAUUCCAGCAUUUUAUCCCCUCUUCUAGUUGAGUAUGAUAACAGCAUCAAAAGUUCUCAGGAGCAGGUCUUGUUCCUCAAGGAAGAGUUGUCUUCAUUGAAGCAAAAGACAGAUCAUGUUGUUCAAGAAAACACAAGGUUACAUGAGGAAUUAAGAAGAAGCAUUGAGGCGCAAAUGGAUGUUAUGCGUCAAGGUGAUGGUAGUGGUGUUGAGAAAGAAGUGAUGGAGAACAUGCGGCAUCAGCUCCAGCUACUGUCUCAGGAAAGAGACAGCUAUGUGGACCUGUGGCAAAAUGCUUGCAAUGAACUGGAAAAGCUUCAGGAAAUUGAACGGGAAAAAGAUGGUGAGUUGAAGGGAAGAACAAGAGCAAUGACAAGCCUGCAGAAUGAUCUUCACAAAGCCAGGCAAUUUGCUGAGGAACUUCAGUCAAUAAACAGAAAGUUAAGAAUGGAACAUGAAAAAUUUCUCGGCACAGCUCAGACCCAAGAUCAGGAAAUAGACGAAGUUCGAAAUGAGCUCAGGAGGUGCAAAGCUGAGCUGAAAAACUCCAGAGCGCAGAACGAAGAACUUCGCAGAACGCUGGAGAUAAUGGAAGGACAAAUUAGAGAUAGAGAGAGAGAGAGAGGAAAUGAGGGUAACAAAGACCUUCCUGAAGUCGACACUCGAAUGGAACAACUACAAACCACUCUAAUUGCACUGGAGUCGAGGCUGUCUGGGACGCUUAAAGAAGUUGGACGGCUCAGAUCAGAGAAAGCUGAGCUGGAAGAAAGAUUGGAAGUUUUACAGAAAAGAAGUUCUGAUCAGGAACAGCGUGAGUUUGAAGCUAUUGCUCACGUCAGAGACAGUGUACAGAUGGUGGAAAAUGCCAUUCUUGAGAGAGACCAGGCCCUUGUCCGAGAGCAACAGAAAACGCAAGAAGUAGGCAGGCUUCAAGAAGUCAUCAAUAAGAUUCUCAGGGAGGCUGGGAAAAGGACAAGAGAAGAGGUGGAUUCUGUUCGGAAUCAGUGUAACAAAAACAUUCAGAAACUAAUGGAGGAGAUGCAUUUUCUGGAGUUGGAAGGAGCUGAGAAACAAGCUCAGUUAGAGAGAUCACUAAGGGAGAAGGCCGCCGUGGAAAAAGAACUUGAAAAGCUCUACCAAGAAGGUCCGUCUGAGAUUGCGCGGGCUGGAAUGACUUUUGAAGAGCUACAGAAACGAACUGGAUUGGCCGAGAGAACCCGGGACGAGGCUUUACGGAGAGUAGAUUGCCUCAAUUCCACGCUCAGGAAGAUAGAGACAAAACACGAACAAGAAAAAUCUCAGGGUGUCUCUGAAAUUGGCGAACUUAAAAGGAGAAUGAAACAACUAGAAGAAGAAAAUGAAGAGAUUUCUGACAACAGACUUCAACUGAUAGAUGAAAUAGACAAACAGAAACGGGAACUUCUCCAAGCCAAACAAGCGAAAGAGACCGCCGAACAUCAGUGCACUUUGGAGGUUUCAUCGCUCAAUCAACGACUUGAGCAACGGGAAAGAGAGUUUGAAUCACGACUUCGAAACGUGGAGGAGAUGAACAGACAGUCGGUGAAUGAACUCAGAGAAAUGUUGAAUGGACAACAGAAACUUGGAGCACAGUGGAAAGAGGAAUCUAGAGCAGUAACGCAGAAAUUUGAGCAAACAGUGAAUGAGUUGAGACAAGAGAUUAACAAGCAGAAACGAAGGAAUAAUGAACUGAAUGGCCAGUUGAACGAGGAGAGGCAGGCGAGAGAGGAGUUGGAGUCCAAGCUUUCAUCAUCAAAGCUUUCUCACGAGAAACUUCAAAGUAUGGUCGUCGAUGCAGAAACAAGAGCAGAUGCAGCAAGCUCUCAGGUAACUACACUUUUAAAUCGUGAGAGACAACUUUUACAAGAAAGAAAACUCCUAAACCGCGAAUUCGAGAGACUCAAAUUAGAAAAGAGUCGGCCUGGGUACAACAGAAUCCGGGAACCUCCUCAAAGACUUUCGGACUUGUUAAGCACCGCGAACACGGGAACCUCUGCUCAUGAGCCUGCAGUUCGUUUGGACCUGAUGUCUCCAAGGGAUGAUGGGUAUUUGCGAGAACUUGACGGCAUUGGAUCCAGAACAAGUUACAACGGAAUUUCAAGAGACAGAGUUAUACUUUGAUGAAGCAAGAAAACAAGUCUUUUUAGUUUCGAUUUAAAGAAUGUCUUCUAAUCAGUCUUGGUGUCUUUAAGUUCCUUCCGAAAUAUUUGGUCUCCGUCAAGGAAAGACGUGAUGUGCAACACGUCCAUGGCUCUAGCGGUGGAUAAGUUUGCAAACUCAUAACAUUUCGAUCAAGCAAAGACAGAUUUUCAAUUUAAUGCCCAAAGUAAAUUGGGAUUGCGCCACUUUUUCAACCAGUCAGGUGCAAGACUUACACCAAUCGCGAAACGGAACUUGCGUUUCCCGCGCUUCAGUUUUAGCCUGUCUUUUGGCAAAAUUUUCUUUGUUCUGAUUGGAUGUAUUGAUCGCUAUGUUCUGCUUUUACGUCACUCAAGCGAUGUGCGCUAUAUAAUGCAAUAUUUGUCUUAAUUUCUCGAAACACUCUCGGUAUUUAUUUCAAACUAAGCUUUGAAGACAGGGAGUUUCCUAGUUCAGUAGAGCCUGGGUUUUAAUAACAACGGUUUUCAUCUACCAUUUCAGACAGCCAGAUAUUUUAUCACAAUGGUUUUAAAUAGACCUUUAGCGUCCAUGAGUAGUUCACUUUACAGACCUGAUGAAUACGGUAUUUUUGACGAGAAGACCAUAAACAUAUAAUUAAUAUAAGUCAACUCUCUACUUUUUGGAGUUUGUUCAAGAUAUCUCUGGUUUUCAUAAUUAAUGAUCUUCAACGUGCGGGAAACCACAAAAUAAUAGACUGAUAUGAUCGGAAAAAACUAAAAUAUGAAUAUUAAAUAAAACAGGAACAAAGAUGGCUAAGAAUGGACAAGACUGACGUGGAUUUCUUUUUCAUGACGAACUUGAAAAUUUCAGGCUAAUUUUUUAAAGAUGUUCAAAUCGUGACGUAACUUUUUCAAUGGUUAGCGUUUACAUGGUAAGCGAUCCGUAAGCGUUCACAUGACUUUUGUACUAACGUGUUUUUAAUCUGAAAGCAAAUAGCUGUCUCGUCUUUUGGUGUGGUAGAAAUAUUGCUAUAUUACAAAAAUUUGGCACUGCCCCACGGAAGAUAAUUUCUAAGUGCUACCAUCAACUCAUAUUGUACAAAGGUUAUAAAAUGUAACUUUCAUUAGUGUGUGAAAAAUAAAUUGUAUUCUCGGUGAAGUUCUGUGUUGUAUGUCGAUUGGAUGAUGUACUCCUGACCAAGCAGUAAUAUAAGUUUAGUGUGUCGGAAGUAAACAAAAAUCAGCAUUGUCCUUAAUAAGUAAUGUUAUUUAUUUUCGAUGUCUUGAAUGGUAGGAUUGUCUUAGUCUUCUAAAUCAAGCAUGUUUUUUUUUCAAAAAGACUGAUGUUAAGUCAAGAGGUUGUUUACAAAACUCAUGACUGAGGCGUAUUCUUCUAACUUGUGUAAACUAAAA